UAUUCCUUAUAUUCUCCAUUACACAUAAACUUCUGGUUCAAUAAAUUGUCAACAAUUUGUUUACCAAUACUCAUUUAUAUCAAUUCGCUAAUUAUCCACACAUGAUAAGCGUGAAAACUUCUUUACGGAUUUACAUUCCGAUGGCGCAAUUGACGUAACCUAAAAUUACGAUCAUGCCGAAGAAGAAUGCCGGUACCGCGAAAACUAGCAAGGGUAAAUCUUCGGAGGAAAGCAGCAGUGGAAAAGCGGAAAAAAAGGGAGGAAAUGCAGUGAAAGUUAGACAUGUCCUGUGUGAGAAGCAAUCGAAAAUAUUGGAAGCUUUGGAAAAAUUGAAGGCUGGUCAAAAGUUUAAUGAAGUUGCAGCGACGUAUAGUGAGGACAAAGCCAGAUCCGGGGGUGAUCUUGGUUGGAUGACACGAGGUUCCAUGGUAGGGCCCUUCCAAGAUGCUGCCUUUGCAUUACCAGUUUCCAAUCUGGCAUCUCCAGUUUACACAGAUCCACCAGUGAAAACAAAGUUUGGCUAUCACAUCAUAAUGGUAGAAGGUAAAAAGUAAUGUUAACAAUAUAAAUUUUGUAAAUGCUUUUGUAAAACUUUAUUGCUAUAUCUGGAAUGUACAAUUAGUAUACAUAUAUUAUUUUAAGAAUGUAACUUUAUAUAAUUUUUCAUAAACUAUAGUAACUGUUGUGCAUUUUAAACUGCAGUCUCUACUUUAUCAUAUAUUCUUUGUAUCUAGUUAUAUUUAUAUAUAAAUAGUCGUAUUGUUGGGAAUGAAGAAAUUAGUAAAAUUUUUA